AUGGCUGAUCUUGCGCUCUUAGAAGAUGUGGCAAAUGGAAGGAUUCGGAGUGAACGCAUCUUCAGACAGCAAGAAGACUUGCUGGCAAAUGAGGACGAGUGGCUUAUGAGCCGGUUCCGACUUCCUCGAGCCGUCCUGUUGGACCUCUGUGGUCUUUUGGGCCCAGCGUUACAGAGGAGCACUCGGAGGAAACACGCCGUGCCAGUCCCACUUCAAUUUCCAUACACGGCGGGUGAACAGGCAAACAAGAAAGCUCAAUUUGCAGCUAUGUACGGUUUCCCAAAUGUAAUCGGUGCUAUUGACUGCACUCAUGUUGCCAUAAGGGCACCGAAUGUGAAUGAAAAUGCUUUCAUUAAUCGAAAGCAUUUCCAUUCAAUCAAUGCCCAAAUUAUUUGUGAUGCAGACAUUUUGCUCACUAAUGUAGUAGCUCGGUGGCCUGGAGGAAAGGCAUUACAACAUGUGCCACAGCCUCGCGCUAUAGUGGAGCGCACCAUCGGCCUGUUUAAGGGCAGAUGGCGCUGCCUCGACUGCACUGGAGGGAGGUUAUUGUACACUCCUGAAAAGGUGUGCCAAAUCGUGCUGGCAUGUGCUGUUCUACACAAUGUGGCACAGCUUAAAAACGUGCCUCUACCCCCUGACGCCGAUUGCUGUGUUGGCCCCGACCCUGACCCCCAUCCCCAGACAUUUGAGCCAAAUGCUGCUGCUGUGCGCCAGCGUUUGGAAGUGAUGCGUCGCUUGUAAAGAACAAGAAAAGGUGUGGAAAAAAUAUAUUAUUUAUUCAAGAAUUCCCUCAUUGCGCAGUUUAUUUCAUUUAGGACAGUCUUGAUUUCGCCCAGCUCCUUUGCCACCUCUCUGACUGAGUUAAUGACUUCCCUCUGCAUUUCGAGGACUGCAUCGGUGAGGACACGUCCACUGCUGGAGGGUUGAGAGCCGCGUGCCGUGGAGACGCUUGGUCCAGACGGCUGCUCAGCUGCAGCCUCUGAACCACUGGCCCUGCUGGAACACCCAGCGACUGAAAUAAAGAUUGU